AUGGUGAGUGUUAUUCUUGAAGUUAACAUGCAUGAAAGUCUCUCCGCCUCCGUCGUUGCAUCUUCCAAGGUUUCUCUGGUUUCGGAGGAGUGGAGGUUGAGUCAGUUCUGGUACAGCGUGGAGACCGCGAAGACCGUAGCUAAAGAGGUCCUCAAGCUCUGCAAUGGCAGCGUCAUUUCUCCCGUUGCCUGCAUCGCUUGCCCUACCCUCUAUGCUUAUCUCAAGAACAUGGAUCCUAAUGCUCCUGCACAACUUUUUGAAUAUGACAAACGUUUUGAGCAGUACGGAUGUGAUUACACAUUUUAUGACUACAAUCACCCUGAGGAGUUGCCACUGGAGUUGAAGCAUUCCUUCAAAAUAGUAGUGGCAGAUCCUCCUUAUUUGGUGAGAGUUAAAUUGAUUGCUGAAAUUUUAUUUGCUGAAAAAUGA